UUACGGCCAACGAGUGAGAAUGACGACGAGCCCGCUCAAGUACCGCGUGUGCGUCGUCGAAGGCUGCGACCGGUUCGCCAAGCUCCAUGGCACCUGCCUCGCCCACGUGCGGUCCAAGACGACAACGACGAUGUCCAUGUCGGAGCCGCGCAUUGUGCUGCCUGCGUUUGCGUCGCUCAUGGCCGCGCCGGUCCGGCGACCGCUCGUGGCCUCGCCGCUCUACGCGGCGCCCAAGAAGCGCCCGGUGUGCGUGCGCCUCAAGAACCGCAAUCGACAGUGCGCGGGCGACGGGUGCCUCGCGUACGCGCGGCGCGGCGGCUACUGCACCAAGCACGGUGGUGGCCGCAAGUGCACGAUCCAAGGCUGCUCGACAACGGCGCAGGCGUACGGCAUCUGCCGCCUCCACGGCGGUGGUGCCCGCUGCAAGGCGCGUGGGUGCCACCAAUUCGCGCGGUCCCACGGCGUGUGUGGUCAGCACUACGCCGCCGACGAGAGUGCGACAGACGCGAUGCUGGCGACCACGGACGAAGAUGAAGACGACGACGACGACAGUAGCGUGCGAUUGAAGGCGUGAAAACGCACGAUGUAGACCGCAGAUAGAGCGGCUAAAGUUAUAAGGCGAUAGCAUGGCGUUGGGUGUUGAUGGUA